AUGGCAGAAGACAAUCUGAACCCCGCCGAUUUCAUACCCGCGGAUGCACUUCAAGUACCAGGGCCACUGUUAAUCAGUGAUUCCGCGAUCAAUGUAUGGAAUACUGCAACUGAUACGGCUCAAUAUCGCAUCGAAAAUCGCAUCACCGUACCACCCAUUCCGGUUCAAACGACUCUCGAAGACAAGUGUUGGGUAACGCUCAUGGCGUUGCGCAGAGAGGAAGAGUUACAGGAAAAAAUGAGGAACCUAGAAAACGCGUGGCGUGAGCUGACGGAGGUGAAGAAAGUGUUAGGGAUAGUGAACUAG